AUGGUUUCUUUUUUUGGCAAACACAAUGGAAAAAGAGACGGUGGAGGUGAAACAAUAUCCAAAGAACUGUUGUCACAUUCUGUAGCUCAUAUGAGGAAUACGACAUCCAGAUUGGGAAGACCCACGUCAGAGCGGUCUUUAGCCGCUAAAGUAAAGGACGGGGAGUGUCUAAGCGGCAAGGACAAGAAACGAAUUUCUUCAGCGUGUUUAGCGGUAGAAGAAGAAUCGGAUUCUUCAAAUACACUCAAUUGUCUUUGCUGUGGAGUCUCGCUACGUUUUCCAAUCUCCAUAAAAAAAUUCCGAUGCAGUGCAUGCCAAGUAACUGUUACUAUAAAGGAUCUCGCAGUUGAAAGCGAUCCGAAAUCCGGUGCGCAUAUUUCGUGCAAUCUAGAGGAUUUGGAGAGGGUGGUAAGAAGGUGCCACAAUGAUUUACAGCGGUUGAAGAAGACUGGGAUAUUGGAUAAAGAUAGGAAACUGUUGAUUUUCCAGCCGGUAAUAACAUGUUUGCUGGACUGGUUUCAUGAUGUUAACGUCUUAAAUAGGUCGUUUCUGAUUCAUGACGCAAAAAGAAGCGUAAAGAUGCUGGACUAUGAAGCUUUACAAAAAUUCUACGGUAUACUAGCGACACUGCCCACAAGGAAACCAUACUAUAGCAUGUUGUGUUGUUGUAAUGAUCUUUUAAAAAGAGUGACCGUUGAUAAGGAAACACGUUUGCACAUCUCGCAGUAUCGGUGGCUACUGAUUAUAUUAAAUAUACCCACAAUACGAAGCUGCCUGAUUAGGGAUCGGAAAAACAAAAACAUGUUUGAAACUCCACAAAUAAGGGCUGUGUCGUAUGAGUUGGUUAAACGAUGUAUUGGGUACUUAUCUAAUCUAUCGGCGAGCACUUCUCAACAAUUGAUUCAGUCGCUACGAAGGAUGCCUACGGGCGACUUUUUAUAUCUGGUGGAGGUUUUGAACUUAUACAUCAACUUUCAAUUUUCCAGACUACUUUUUAAUGAAGUAUCGAAUGGAAAUACGAAUAAUACAAAACCUGAAGAUGAGAUGAGAUCUCGUCUCCGUCGUCACCACACCACUGGUCAUGAAUUCCUGAGCACCAGACCCAUAAGCGCAAUCCUGGAAGAAAAGAAUGGCUCCGAUUAUACGAAUCCCACCAACGCUAAGGCAAAAUUCAAAUUUUUUCAAUAUGAAGACGAUUGGCACAUUAAAUCUGCGGCAAAAUUAAUGUUCGCCUACUAUACAGCCAAUACAAGAAGAAACGGCCAGAGAGCCUUAUCAAUUCAAAGUUUUUACAACAUAACCUUGGACUUCAUUGAUUACAAACAGGAUUUCGAUCACUGGCGAGGAGUAGCUCAAAAGACAAGGAUGAAUCAACUGAUCGAAGAGUGGGGAAACUCGAGGAUAAAAAAAAAAUUUUCAUUCUGUAAAUAUCCAUUUAUAUUGUCACUCGGUAUUAAAAUUUCUAUUAUGGAAUAUGAAAUACGUAGAAUCAUGGAACAUGAAGCUGAGCAGGCCUUUCUAACUUCAUUGGAUAAAGGCAAGUCAGUAGACGUUUACUUCAAAAUCAGAGUGCGGCGUGAAGUUAUUUCUCAUGAUUCUUUAAGAUGCAUCAAGGAGCAUCAAGGCGAUUUACUAAAAUCGUUAAGGGUGGAAUUUGUUAACGAACCUGGUAUCGAUGCAGGCGGGUUAAGAAAAGAAUGGUUCUUCCUAUUGACAAAAUCAUUGUUCAACCCAAUGAAUGGUUUAUUCGUCUACAUCAAAGAAAGCUCAUGCUCAUGGUUCGCAAUAAAUCCUCCAAAUUUUGACAAAUCGAAAAAAAAUAACUGCCAACUAGAACUAUAUUACCUUUUCGGGGUCGUGAUGGCAUUAGCCAUUUUCAACAGCACCAUAUUAGAUUUACAAUUCCCCAAGGCAUUUUAUAAAAAAUUAUGUUCAGAACCUUUAAGUUUUGAAGAUUAUUCAGAGUUGUUUCCGGAGACAAGUGGAAACCUGAUCAAGAUGCUUAAUUACACAAAGAAUGAUUUCGAAGACGUCUUUUCCUUAACUUUCGAAACCACCUAUAGGAAUAAUAACUGGAUCUUAGAUGAUAAUAAAUCUAGCAGAGAAUAUGUAACGGUGGAAUUAUGUGAAAAUGGUAAGAACGUUUCGAUAACUCAAAACAAUAAGCACGAGUUUGUCACUAAGUGGGUGGAGUUUUAUUUAGAGAAAUCUAUUGAGCCGCAAUUCAAUAAAUUCAUAUUAGGUUUCAAAAGAGUCUUCGCAGAAUGCAGUUCCAUAAAGUUGUUCAAUUUCGAAGAGUUGGAAAGGCUGGUCUGUGGGGAUGAAGAGCAAACUAAAUUUGAUUUCAAAUCAUUAAGGUCUGUGACAAAGUAUGUGGGUGGGUUUUCUGAUAACUCUAAGGUUGUUCACUGGUUUUGGGAGAUCAUCGAAAAUUGGGAUUACCCAUUACAGAAAAAAUUAUUACAGUUCAUAACGGCAUCUGAUCGUAUACCUGCAACAGGUAUCUCUACCAUCCCGUUCAAAAUCAGUCAGCUCGGUUCACAUGACAGUAAUGAUUUGCCGUUGGCUCACACAUGCUUCAAUGAAGUGUGUCUGUGGGGCUAUUCAUCAAAAAAAAAAUUGGAACAAAAGUUACUUUGGGCAAUUAAUGAGUCGGAAGGUUAUGGAUUCCGGUAG